GUCCUACACGCUGAGCAUGCUGAAAACGCCGGUGAGGGAUAGCCUCGGCUUCACGAAAAACUCUCGCGCGAAGAAUCAGGCGCAGCUGAGCGUUGAAGAAGCUGCAGGCGUGUGGUCAGCGUCUGUCACCAACUACACGCAUGCUGGUUUGUGCCACACUUUGGAGAGCUCCGGGGUGUACGCAGAUCCGGCCAAUUGGAUGCGCAGCAGACAGGCCCUUGUCCUCACCUCCGAGCGCCUCCUUCUGUUCAACGCCUCCAGCUGGUCGCUGGAGCAUGUCCUCGCGCUCUCAGAGCUGGCGGAGCUGGUCCUCUCAUCUUAUUGCUCCACAGUGGUGGUGCUGCGAAUGCAUCGGGUUCCGGACAUGGUACUGGACCUGCCGUCCUCCACCCGAGCGCGGUUUAUUGAUGAGCUGCAGUUCGCCACCAAUGCCGUCAACGAGAGGUGGGGGGGCUCUGACUUCAGCGGCGGUUUGCAGGUGCGCCAGGAAUGUGAGGCCAUCACAGCGCUCUUUGACCAGAAUCGCACGAAGGUGGGCUUGCUGGCAUGGCUGGAGGAGAACGUCUUCCUCUUUUUGCCCUACGUGUCGACGGCGGUUCUGCUUGUCGGAGACUUGUUCUUCUUUGGCCAGCUGGACUUGCGUCAGCACAUCAGAGGCAACGAGUGGGGCUGGCGGUCGUACUACUUUGCGCUGAAGAGCGGGCCUGUUCGGAAGUUGGUGUGGUGCAAGAGGCCUACUGAUGAGCUUGGCGCUGGAGUUGUCCUCUUGAAGGACGUCUCCAACGUGCAGCCCCUUGACACGCCGAGCGGUGAGAUUUGCCUCAUCAUUGACUACAAAGCCAAUGGCCGGGACGAACUGCUCACGCUCCGGGCUGUGUCCCCGAAAAGCCGGGAGGACUGGAUUUUGUCCAUCCAGACGAUGCAGACGCCGUUGUGAGACGUUUGCCUUGAUGUCAUGUGCCAAAGUGCACAGAAAGAUGCUUCAGAAACAUCCAUCGCAUAGCACCAGCCUCAGGAC